AUGUUGGUGGACCUGCUGAUCUUCACGCGCGGCGGCCUGAUCCUGUGGGCGCUCAGCGGCGGCGGCGGCGGCAAGGGCUCGCCGGUCGACGCGCUCAUCCGCACCUGCCUCCUCGAGGAGCGGUCUGCCGGCGACGGGCCCGGCUUCUCCCAGGACGGCAAGCGCGCGCUCAAGUGGGCGUUCCACAACGGGCUCGGCCUCGUCUUCGUAGCGGUGUACCGGCGCGUGCUCCGACUCCUCUACGUCGACGACCUCCUCGCCGCCGUCCGCGCCGAGUUCGCGCGGGUCUACCACCCCAAGCGCACCACCUACGAUGGCUUCGGCGACGUGUUCCGGCAGCUCCACCUCGAGGCCCAAGCGCGAGCCGAGGAGAUGAGCAGGCCUAAUAAGCAGAAGGCCGUUGAUGCUGCGCCGCCCCGUCGUCCGCGGCCACAACCUGCCGUCCACAAUGCUCGUGGCGAUUCUGAAUCUGACGGCAAUGGUGAUGGUGAUGGGAGCAAGCAGGAUGCCUCCGAUGGCAUCUCCGAGGAGAAUGAGGAGAGCGGAGCUGAUGCCAAACCCAAAGAUGGCCCGGCCUUCGAUCUGAGUUUCUUCUCGAAUCUGCGAACAAGGUUCAUCCACAGGAACAAGAAUAAUACUAACACCAACAAGCCGACCAAUAAUAAAGAUGUUAAUAAGAGGAAAAACCGUAGGGAUUGGAACGACAACAUCAAUGGGCAUUCAGACAUGAAGCUGGAUUUCUCAGACCUAGCCGAUGAGAGCAAGCGGGCGGAUAAUGCGCGAGUUAAUCAGGGACAGAACAAGAUCGAUCUUGCUGAAACGGUUGAAGAUGGCCCAAGAACCAAAGGAUGGUUCUCCUCAGUGUUCCAGAGCAUUGCAGGUGGCAACAGCGUAAUCAAAAGGCCCGAUCUGCAACCCGCGCUCAAGGCUCUCAAGGACAGGCUCAUGACCAAGAACGUGGCAGAGGAGAUCGCCGAGAAGCUCUGCGAGUCCGUCGCGGCAAGCCUCGAGGGCAAGAAGCAGGGGUCUUUCACGAGCACAGCAUCCACCGUCCAGGCCGCCAUGGAGGCGGCUCUGGUGCGCAUCCUGACCCCAAGCCGGUCCAUCGACGUACUGAGAGACGUGCACGCGGCCAAGGACAGUGGGAGGCCGUACGUGAUCGUCUUCGUCGGGGUGAACGGCGUCGGCAAAUCCACCAACCUCGCCAAGGUCGCCUACUGGCUCCUCCAGCACGACCUCACCGUCACACUCGCGGCGUGCGACACCUUCCGGUCCGGCGCCGUCGAGCAGCUGCGCACCCACGCGCGCAGGCUCCAGAUACCCGUCUUCGAGUAG